AACAGUGGAACUUCUCAAGAUGGCUCCGCUACCUUACGUGCGAGUCGCGCUCCUGGUGGGCUUUUCUGUAUUUCUAACCCUUGUGUUGGGUUUUGGUCUGCCAGCAGCACUCGGUUUUUUAGCGGGGUGCUGUGGUUAUCCCGACGCUAGCGUGACCGAAUGUGUUGUCGCACUGUAUUUAGUAUUCGUUGUGUAUGUGGCAAUGCCUCGAUUACCAAGGGGCACGGUUAAGAUUGAGGGCAAAGCUGUUUUCAUCACUGGCUGUGACAGUGGAUUUGGUCAUGCGCUGGCGAAAUACCUUCACCAAAAAGGGUUUAUUGUGUUUGCGGGUUGUUUGUUUAAGGAGAAGGAUGGUGCCAAGCAGCUGCAGGAGAUGCACUCUGAGCGAAUGAAAGUCCUACAGCUGGAUGUGUGCAGUGAUGAACAGGUGGCUGAGGCUGCAGCGUUUGUGAAGGCAAAUCUAGAGGAUUCAGGCAAAGGUUUGUGGGCCCUGGUUAACAAUGCUGGCGUUUCCACCUUCGGCGAGGUGGAGUUCACUUCCAUGGAGACAUACAAACAGGUGUCAGAAGUCAAUCUUUGGGGUACCAUCAGGAUCACCAAGGCCCUACUGCCACUCAUCCGCAGGACUAAAGGGCGUGUGGUCAACUUGGCCAGCAUGUAUGGCCGGAUGGGUAAUGCGCUGCGCUCACCCUACUGCAUCUCCAAGUACGGCGUGGAAGCCUUCACCGACUGCCUGCGCUACGAGAUGAAGCCCUGGGGUGUCAAAGUGUCGCUCGUAGAACCGGGGAACUUUGUGGCAGCCACCGGCAUACUGUCACGGGACCUGGUCGCUGCCACUGCAGAGAAACUGUGGCGGGAGGCGCCCCCUGUGGUCCAGGAGGACUACGGCAAGUCCCACUUUGAGCAGCACAUGGCGCUGAUGCGCUCCUACUGUGGCAGCGGGCAGAGGGACGUGGCGCCCGUGCUCGAGGACAUCGCCGACGCCAUCGUGUCCCAGCGGCCGUUCACACGCUACAACCCCAUGGAGCCCCACUGGUGGAUCCGGAUGCAGGUCAUGACCCACCUGCCUGCAGCCAUCUCUGACCGACUGUAUUUCUGAGGAGAGUUCAGGAACUCGCACCCAGUUACCCCAAAACAUCUCAUUACUAGUCAGUCACUGUUUUGUAUCAUGUUAUAGGAAUACUGCAAAAGAUCAAUCAGUUUAGUGUUUAUGUCUUAACAGGGAGGCUACAAUGGACACUUAACUGAAGCGUUCCGUUCUGCUGCUACUGUAAUCAAUAGAGCUGGCUCCACCAGACGUAAUUGCAGUGUAUACGUUCGAAACAAUGACACCAGUCUUCUAAAACUAUGUUCUAUGCUACAUCAACGGAGCGUUUCAGUUAUUAUACCAGUGUAUCCCAGGUGUUCCUGAUCACUGCUAUUCCAUAUGGCCAGUCAUUCCUAUCUGCCUUAUAUAAAAAUGUGAAUUAUGAAUGGAGAAAUACUGAAUGACAUUUCUGAGAAAAAAAUGUAUUUUUUGAGUGCCCACAAGAGUAUUGGAUAUGCAGGGUGUCAGUAACGACAUGCCUAUUUCAGUGGAAAUGUGUAAAUCAUGUUGAUGACAUUUCUCUGCUAGAACUAUUCUUUUUGGUGGUGCCAUCAAAAUUGCACCACUCUUUUUGGAUUUUUCUACCAGAAUUGUUGUUUGAGGGUGAUUUUGUUUUUACUGUUUGUACUUGUUGAGUUGAUGAGUUAUAUUUUUCAUUCAUUAGCAGAAUUAAAUUAGAUCAUGUUGAUGAAAUCUGACUAUGUAAUAUUGUUUUAACAUGUUACCAUAAAAUAUUUUUAUUGAGAUAUAUAGCUAGAGAUGGAUUUAUGUAAUCAAGUCAUUAAUAACCCAAAGGCAGCUGUCUAAAGUAGAAGAGCACAUUGUGCUAGUGGGGCUCUAGUCCCAGCCAGUGGAGACCAGCACUGUGAUCGCCACCACAUUGCCUGCAGGGGUCCCUUUGGCUGUUAAAUAGGAAACCCCUAUAGUCACGUCCAUCUCUGGUUGAGUAUAAAAAACAACUUAAGAAAGACAUCACAUGGUGCAUUGUGAAGCACAAACAGGGCUUUUAUGUAUAUAUUUGGCUGUAUUAUGUGCUCAACCACAUAUGAUAAAACAUAUUUUUGGAUUACAGGAAAUCAAGUAAAGUCUUUAAAUGUAUUUUUAAAUGUAUUUUAAAAUGUAACAGCUUAAUGAGUUAAAUGAUGAGUUGCUGAUCAUCACCAACUUACUGUAUUUUUCUGAUUAGUUCUUUUGGCAACCACUUGGGGGCACAAUUGUUACAUACUUGUAAGCAUAAAAUAGACAAUAAAAUACAGUCAGCAGGAGAAGAAGUCUGAGCUAAAUGA